AUGAUCCGUUUACAAGCAGAAAACGUUGAUGGUAACGGAAAUAUGUCAUUGUUAUCGGUGACAACAAUCGGAGAACAACAAUCUCCUUUAAUAGAUUGUUUAUCAAACAUUGAACAUCAUUCAUUAUCAACAUGUGGUAUGACUUACUCUUCCACAUCUGAUAGUGGUUGCAUGAUCGAAAGUGGUGACAGUUCGACAGCUACUGUUGAUGAUGAUCACAUGUUACUUCGGAGUUUGGAUGAUAUAAACAGUGUUGGCAACAACAGUAAUUAUAAUAACAACAACAAUAACAGUAACAAUAGCACCAUUUACAGUAAUCCAGUAAAUAAAGCUUUACCCGAAUAUGCAAAAACAGGCGUAACGCUAGAUCUCAAUAUUUUGCAACUUUAG